AUGAAAACCAAACUGGUUCACCAUAUUAGAGUAAACAAUUUGUUGAAAGUACCAACCAGUGAGAAACAGGAUGUAUACAACAAGAAAAUCUACAGGUUGCUUGGAUCAACAUUAACAGAAAAAUACCCUCAUAUGUUUUGGGACACUCCAUCUACCCGUUUUAAGAAAACCAAGAACACACAGAUCUGGAGCACAUUUGUUCAUCAUAUUAGUAUGAAAUUAAAAAAAAGAAGGAACCGAAAAAAAAAGAUCAAGUUGAGACUUGAAACUUCAUCUGAAACAACUGAGAUUGCAGAAGAAGAAAAUUUGUCCGUAAAAGAUGCUCAGAAGGAACUGAAGCUUAGUAUAGAAUUAGAAAUAAGAAGUAAAAAUGAGAUUUCCAAAGUGAAAGAUGCAAUGGACAUAUGCAUUAACAAAUAUUUCCAAACGGAACGUAAUGGGGAAAAAACGGUGAAAGAUUUGGAAAACGACAUCAAAGGAUCUCGUUGUAUUUAUAAUUUUAUCUGUUCUAUAA